AUGAGCCAACUAUCCCAAUGGCCCGCACCAAGCAGACCUGGUACCGUCGCUCUCCGUGAGAUUCGUCGCUACCAGAAGUCCACCGAGCUUCUGAUCCGCAAGCUCCCCUUCCAGCGUCUGGUUCGUGAGAUCGCCCAGGACUUCAAGUCCGAUCUUCGCUUCCAGUCCUCCGCCAUUGGCGCUCUUCAGGAGUCCGUCGAGUCUUACCUCGUCUCCCUCUUCGAGGACACCAACCUGUGCGCCAUCCACGCCAAGCGUGUCACCAUCCAGUCCAAGGACAUCCAGCUCGCCCGCCGCCUCCGCGGUGAGCGCAACUAA